GCAGUGAUUGGUGGACUGGGGGAGGGAGCUAACGGGGGCAGUCACUCCCAUCCAACAGUAGUCUGUCUGGGUUAGAGGAGGGCGCACAGGACGGACGGAGCCAUUCAUUCUUCUGUGGUCCCGGAGAAAAAACGUGGAGGAUGAAGAAGAGACAGUGACGGGGUGAGGGAGAGAAAAAAAGAAAAAAGACAAACAUUAAACCAGGAUCAAGCCCAACAAGCAAGACCUGCACGGAGCUCAGAGAGGACGCGCAAAGAUCCUGCAACUGGAUUUGGAGAGGCGUCGCUUGCAAACUCGCACAGCCAGCAGUUACACGUUCGGACAGGACUCUUACAUCAUUUUGGAUUUAGCUGAAGAUUCGUCUCUGCGUCCACUUCGACACAAGAGGUGUGUCUGAUGUGACGCCAGCUGGCUGGCUCAGGGAACACAACUUCAAUACAAUGUAGACACCAAAAACCAGACUGAAUAAGAGUCUGAAGACCGAGCCGACAGAAGGCGGGCGAGUUCAAGGAGGAGGAACAACAGCUGUGCUGAAACGACACCCGGCAGAAGAUAAGAAGUGAAAGAAAAAGAGGAAAGAGGCAAGACUGUGAAUCAUUGACUUGGACUUUCUGAGUGAAGCAGUGUCACCUACUCUUUCCUGUGAAGUGUUCACUCGCUUUCACAACUCCACCGGAGAAGGAUCGCGACCUCAGUUCUCGGUCUUUUCAGGGGCCUCCCCCACGAAUCGAACUCCAACCUUCAGCAGUGUUGAAACCUGAACAGAGGGACACUCCAGCCACCGUCAGCAUGUGCCAUGUGAUUGUCACCUGCCGCUCCAUGCUGUGGACUCUGCUGAGUAUCGUUGCCGCGUUCGGAGAGCUCAUUGCCUUCAUGAGCACUGACUGGCUGGUGGGAUUCCCCCGCACGCCCGAUGCCGUCUUCGGCCCCCAUGGGGCCACCACAGCCGGAGAGGCCUACAGGCCAACUUUAGGCAUCUACGGCCGCUGUAUAAAGCUGCCCCACCUGCAGCGUGGAAUACUGUGCGGACCGUACGCCAUACACUUUGGGGAGAUUGCUAGCGGGUUCUGGCAGGCGACUUCUAUCUUCCUGGCUGCGGGGAUCCUGCUACUGUGCGCCGUGGCGUUCAUCUCGGUCUUCACCAUGUGCUUCCAGAGCAUCAUGAAGAAGAGCAUCUUCAACGUGUGCGGACUGCUGCAAGGGAUCGCAGGUCUGUUUCUGAUCCUGGGUCUGAUGUUGUACCCCGCUGGCUGGGGUUCAGACAAGGUCCAGCUGUACUGCGGUCCCGACGCGGCUCCGUACCGAGCCGGGCUCUGCUCCAUGGGCUGGGCUUUCUACACGGCCAUGGGCGGCACCGUGCUCACCUUCAUCUGCGCUGUCUUCUCGGCUCAGGCCGAGAUCGCCACCUCCAGCGACAAGGUCCAGGAGGAGAUCGAGGAGGGGAAAAGCCUGAUCUGCCUUCUCUGAGGCUGAGAUACUUUAGAAGAAGAAGAAGAAGAAGAAGAAGGGAGGAACAGGCCAAUAACAAUCAACCUUUUCUCCUGAAGGCCGGCCUGUGACAUGAAGCCCCCUUUUUUUGCAUCGUUUACCACUAAAACUUUUUAUUGUCUCGUGUAUGUGGGAGAAAUCUACAAGUGCCAAGUUUUUUUCUCAGUGUGUGUCUUUGUCUUCCUGCCACUAGAGGUGCUGUGUCUGUUAUUGUAUUCAUGUUAAAGCAUGUGGAACGCCCCGAGAGGCUUUGUCUGUCACCACAUGUCCUGUAAAUAAGUGUGAUUAUAUAUAUUUUGUACAUAGUUACGAUGAUCGUAGAAUGAUUGGUCAGCUUGAUCCAGGCUGGGCUGAUGAUGUCACUCUUGCCUUUUUAAAAAAACAAACAAACCGGUGUUUUUGUCACCGGAUCACGACCAGAGAACCUGGAUCUGUUUUUGUUUUUUGUUUUUUUGUUGUUUGCCACGUGUGAGUAUUAACUCAACAAGGGAACCACUACUCAGUCAGAAUAAACUACUCACAGAAUCAGAGUGGAUGUCCUUUUUAAAGCUUACAGAAUGUACUGUUAUUUGAAUAACUCAUGUGUUUGCAGGACCCUUGAAAUGUAUCGUUUGGAGUCAUUAUUCACGAGUGAAGUUGAGCUUAAUCCUUAAACCCUUAAACUGAAAGAUGACCCGUGAAGAAAUAAAAA